AUGGCAGCAAAAAAAGUCGACCCAAAGGCACAGCAAAAGAAAGGAGGCAAAGACAAGCCAGCAAAGAAAGUGGACACAAAGAAGUGGACAAAGACAGCAAGCAAAGACAAGCAGAUAAAGGCUUCAGUGAUCACUGAGGACAUCUUCAACAAGAUAAAGAAGGAAGUACUGGGAAUGUCGCUAAUCACCCCAGCCACAAUAUCCGCUAGACACAACUUAGAAACAGCAGUAGCCAAAAACAUUCUCGAAGAGAUCGUAAAGACCGGUGAAAUAGAAGUUAUUGCCAAGUCGUCAUUCGGCAGAGUCUAUGGAAAGAAGGAGACCAAGGAAGUCAAGGAAAUUAAAGAAGAAACUGUCGCAGCAUAA